UUGCUGUCAAUCAACAAUCAAACAAGUUCGUAAAUAUUCUCUGUGAUAUUAGUGAUUUCUUAAAAAAAAAAUGUCUAAAAACUACAUCCAUGACAUAGCCCUUUCCAUGGGCCUAUGUCUUGAUAAGGGCCUUCCAAUGGCCAAUGAAGAAAAUAAACAGCUCCUUCUUUUAAUUGAAAACUUAAAUGAAGAAAAGAACCUUCUGCAAACGAACUUGCAAAAUUUCAAUGAACGAGCACAAAGAUUAGUUACACAUGCUAAGAAUUCUGAAGUAACUCAUGCUCAAAAUAUGAAAUUGAUUUAUGCCUUUCAAUCGGAUAUGAGAAUAGAACAACAUUUGUAUAAAAUAGCUGAGCGUGAAAGUUCAAAGCUUAAGAUUGACUUAAAGGAAAUGCAACAAGAAGAAGCUGCACUUUGUCAAUAUGAAGAUACAACAGAAAGUGACAUCAAAAAAAGAAACAAGACCAUAUUUGACCUGAGUAACCGCAUAAAUUGGCUAAAGGCAGCUUUGGUCGAAUGGCGUCAAUGCAUGAAUGAGGGAAACGAGGCGAAUAAACUCAUUGAAAAAUAUUGCAAAGAUGAUCAAAAAAAAUAUUUGGAUGUUGAGACAAAACGUCGACUUCUCCAAAAUACCAUUAAUAAAGAACGAAAGAGAUUGAUCGAUUUUGUAGAAGAACAAAAAUCCUUAGAACAAAAUCUUGAUCGGACUGCAAAUCUGUAUCGAAGUUCUCAUGCUGAACGCAGAGAUAUGGUGGACACAUGGAAGACUGCAGUUUGUCAAAUGAAUCAACGAGAACAAGAUAUACUACAAACAGAAGCUGAAUUUGAACGUAUUCUUGGAAAAUGCCUGAAAAAAGAAUCCAAGCUAAAAAUGGAAGAAAAUAAGUUAGAUGAAAUCAUUGCUAAUAAUGCAGAAGUAGAAGAAAGCAUUCAACAAUUGAAUGAUGAAACUUCUGAUUUAAAAGAUAGGUUACAAAGGCUUCUCGAUUUAGUGGCAUUACGUGACAAUGAGGUGGAUAUCCUUCGAAAGGAACUUCAAGGCUUGGCGAAUAGGGUUCAGCAACAGCGACAGAAAAAUCGACAAGAUGUCCAACGCAAAUCUGACAAAGAAUUAGAACUAUCACAAUGCAUUGAAGGAAAUAAUAAACUUAAAAAAAGUCAUGAAAACCUCAAUAAUAAGAAUGUGAAUGCCCAAGAACGUCUUCGAGUUCUUGAGGAUAUGAUUCAGUCAGAAGAACAUACCAAAGAAAAACUUUCCCAAGAAACAAAUCGUAUGAACGAUCUAUUAUACAGAACUCAGCAACAUUUAGGGAAGUUUAAAGAUGACGAAAAAAUUCUAGAAGUUGAAAAUGGUGGUAUUCGCUUGAAUAUCACAGCUAUGGAAAAAAAUAUUAAAGAAACGCAGAAAUACCUUAGUAAGCAAACGGAAUCACAUUACGAUAUGUCUUUGAAAGCAGUUCUUUUGGAAAGACGCAUAGCCAAAAUAAAGGGAACUGUAGUUGAUCCUCAAGAAGAAAGGCAAAAACUAAUGGAAUUAUCUAAAUUGGAAACGUAUUUCAAUGAAGCUUCAAAAACAUUGCAAGCUCUACAAUCUCAAAGUACAAAAUUAGAAAGCGAUAUGAGAAAUUUAACAAUUUGUUUCAAUAAUGAUAUGAAGGAAAUCGAGGCUAUGAACUUUAGAAUUAAAGAAGCUCAACUUUACUGUGAAGGUGGUAUAAAGAAAAUCUCAGUAACUACUCGAAGUAACCAGGAAAAAAUAGUUGAACUGAGUAUUUUAAAAAUGCGCGUAAAUGAAAUUGAAAAUCAAAUUACGCAAUGUCAAGACAGAGCAUAUAAUUUGGAUCGACACAGACUUCAAAUGUCUAAAAAUAUCAAAGAACGAAUGGUUGAAGCAAAUGCACAAUAUGAUUUGAUGUAUCUUAAACGUAAGCAUUUAUUAGAAGAACUAAGCACAUUGAAAUGUGAUAUCGGUGAUAGAAUGAUAAAGAUUGAGGCCACAAAAGCCAGAUAUGAACUCACUUCGAAAUUGCUUGGGACUAACGAUGAUGGUUCUUUAGUAACUGCUACUCAAAUGAAAAUCGAAAAUGCUCAAGAGAAGCAAAUGCUUUUAGAGCAAGGUAAUGCUCUUAAUGCAAAUGUAUUAAAAGCUGAGCAAGAAAUUAAAGCUAUGGAACACACAUUAGCACUGAUGAAUGGAUCGAAUGAAAUGUAUCGUCGAAAUUUUGAGGAACUUGAUGAAGAUGCUGAAGACUUACAAAUUCUUAAGAAUCAACAAACUGAAUACUGUCACCGGUUAGCACAGCUUAAAACUUUACGCAAUAAAAUAUCACAAGUGGAACGACAAAUUGAAAGCAUAGAGAUGGAAAAGGAAGUUUUAGAGGAAACAGUUCAGGAACUUCUAAGGAAGAGACUUGAUAACAACGAACUUCUCACCAAAGUUCACAAAGAACUUCUCGACCAAACUGUUAAAAUUCAACGUGCAAAUCGUGAAGUCAAAACUGCAUGGAAAACAGCUCGUCAACGAUCAUUCGAUUCAGUAUUUCUAUCGAUUUACAACAAAGAAUUAGAUUUGCAAGAACUUGAAAAACGCAAUACAACUGCUUUGCAAUUGUUUGCCGAUUUAAUUGACAAUGAUUUGGAAUUGGCUCCGCAUACAACGAAAAUGCUCUACGCCAAAGGUAUUGAAUGUCCAAAAGCUAGAAAAUGUCGUACAUUGGGCUCGUGGCGCGGAGAAUUAUCUGAAUUAUCAUUUGCAUCUUCGAAAGAAAUUCAAUCAUCCCGAUCAAGUGGCUCAAUUAAUUCUCUAGCCAAAAUGACAACUUCCACUCGACCAAGUGUAGUUUCAAUUGAUUUUCCCACUUCCAAUUUAAACAAUCGAAAAUAAAAUAGUAUUCAUUCAAAAA